AUGGUUCUGAGAGGGUGUGCCACGAUAUUCGUUAAUAUUUUGAUUACUACUGCUAUCCUUCUAUCCUUUUUUACCUUUCCAACACCUGACAUUCCUCUACAAGUAGCGUCUCGUUUCACAGGGUAUCCAACCUGGCAUGGAAAACUUCAACAUUAUGUUCGAGAACAAACAGCAGCUUUACUUCCUUUAGCAAAUGAUGAAGAACAUUUACCAUCGGAUGAUGCAUCAAGUAUUUCACCAAAACUUAUUGACCAUCCGGAUCAACUUUUAUUGUUGAUCUUUGCUUCAUUUGUUCAUAUUAUUGGAAAUGCUUUUACAAUAAUUCUUUCAGGGGAUGGACGAGCGUAA